AUGGCUGGAGAGAGCCCGGAGUCAGCCGCAGCUGCUGCUGCUGAACAGCAGCAGCAGCAAGAGCAGCAGCAGCAAGAACAGGAGCAACAACAGCACCAGGAGCAAGAGCAGCAAGAGCCGGAGCAGCAGGAACAAGAGCAGCAAGCGCAGCAGCAGCAGGAGCCGGCAGAAGAGGAGCAGCAGAAACAGCAGCAGCAGGAGCAAGAGCAGUCAGAGCAGCAGCAGCAGCACGAGGAGCAGCAGCAUGAAGCGCCCCAGCCUGCGCAGCAGGCACAAGUCCAGCAGCAGCAACAGCAGCAGCAACAGCAGCAGUCCGAGGCUCCGGCGCAGCCACAGCAGCAGCAGCAGCAGCAACUGCAGCAGCAGGACCAGCAGCAGCAGCAGCUGCUGCUGCUGCUGCAGCAGCAGGAACGCGAAACCCUAACCAACGAGCAGGGCAGAAUUAUUCUUGACGAAAUAGAAAGGCGAAUAGCCCUAUGUGAAGCAGCAACGGACUCUGAGCUGAAGGUGUGGCUGGAGGGGGGCCCGUUGUCUGCUGCUCGUUUGCUGCUGACGCUGCGGGCAAAGAGAGAUUUGGUGCUGCAGCAGGAGCAGCAGCUGCUGUCAACUGCAGCACAACUCAGGACCUUAGAAAGUCUCCAAGAGCUAGUCAAUCCCCCUUGCCUUUCAGAGCUUGAAGACUACAAGCGGCGUAUGCAAUCUUUGGAGGCGAAGGGAAAUGCUCUUGCUGCUGCUGUCUUGAAGUUGGAAAACAAAAUAACUGAACUUGCUGCUCUCUACAACACCACAAUGAACAUGGUCAGCAGCGUCAUGCAGGAGUGGCAUUUAGUUCUCUCAGAAGCAGAAGCAGGAACAGAAACAGGGCCCCAAGAUUAG